AUGGCAUCCUGGCAGACCCUCGUUGCUCGCAAACGCCAACAAUGCGCCGACAACAUCCCCCCUGAAUGGCGUCUCCCCGAUGCCCUCCUGCAGUCACUGAACCUCUCCUCCCCAACCGGCGAGCGACUCAUCGCCGCCGAUAUUCCCAGACGCAGCGGUCUGCUGUCCGACUCCGAACUCGACGUCACAGAGAACUACACGGCGACGCAGCUGGUCGGCAAACUGGCCGCGGGAGAACUGAGUUCCCUGGAAGUCACGACGGCGUUCUGUAAGCGCGCCGCCAUCGCACAGCAGUUGACGUCCUGUUUGACGGAAACGUUCUUCUCCCGCGCCCUGGAACGAGCGAAAUACCUCGACGACUAUCGCCAGACAGAAGGGAAAGUCCUUGGUCCCUUGCACGGUCUGCCUGUGAGUAUCAAGGAUAGUUUCUGUGUCGAAGGUGUCCAAUCUACCGUUGGAUACGUGUCGUUCCUCGAACAUGAGCCCGCAAAGUCCAAUUCGGCGCUGGUUGAUUUGCUGCUUGACCUGGGUGCGGUGCUGUACGUUAAGACCAAUAUCCCGCAGACAAUGAUGACUGGUGACUCGGAAAACAACAUCUUUGGUCGCACCCUGAACCCGCACAACACCAGCCUUACCGCUGGCGGAUCUUCCGGCGGCGAAGGAGCCCUCGUCGCAUUCCGCGGUUCCAUCCUGGGCGUCGGUACCGAUAUUGCAGGCUCAAUCCGCAUCCCAUCUCUCUGCUGCGGUGUAUAUGGGUUUAAGCCCAGCAUCGACCGUGUCCCCUUCGCCGGCGGCGUCUCCGGGGGAGCCAUGGAGGGCGUGCCCGGUCUGAAACCAUCAGCAGGGCCGAUAGCCAAUUCCUUCGACGACCUCGAACUGUUCAUGUCAACCGUCCUCGGUGCAGAGCCAUGGAAAUACGACUCCACUGCAUUCGCGGCUCCCUGGACUCCCCCCGUUGACAUUGAACAGGACCAAACUCUCACCAUAGGCGUACUUCCAGAGGAUCCGCAAUUCCCCCUACACCCACCGGUUCGUCGCGCGAUCGAAUCAGCAGUGACGACGUUAGAAAAGAAAGGCCACCGCAUCGUCCGUCUCGAAAACACCCCGGAAAGAGACACGGCAUACACAAGCCGUCUCGCAUUCCAGUACUUCGUAUACGGUCCGCAUGACGAAAGCGCAAUAAUGGCCUCCGGCGAACCACUUGUCAAAUCAGUCGCGCAGUUCUCAUCGCCCAUGUUCACAGGCCCAAUGCCUGUAGCAGACGACCUGGACGUGUUUGAGAAGAUCGACCGGCUUUAUCACGCGCGACAGAAUGUAAUCGAUGCCUGGAGAAAGGUCUGGGUUGAGAAGAAGCUGGACGUGCUUCUUGCACCGGGUGCGCAGAACACGGCCGUGCCUCAUGAUACCUUCGGGUGGCCACCAUAUACGGUUAUGUGGAACCUGGUUGAUCAUCCUGCCGUCAUCAUUCCGUAUGGCGUUUCGUCGAAAGAGGCCGACCCCGAGCCACUCGAACUCAAGGACAACGUUCAGCCUUCUUAUGCACCCGAUGCUACGGAUGGCGCACCGUGCGCUCUGCAGCUCAUCACGCCGCGGUUUCAGGAUGAGAAGUGUUUGGCUGCGGCAAGGAUCAUCGACCGCCAUUUGCGUACAUAGUGGUAGAUUGAAUAUUCCUGGUAUUGGUGUUUAUAGAGCUAUAUCUCAUCUCAUGUACGAAGUAUCAAUCUGCAUUUUGCUCUUCAUGGACCGCAAUCGGGG